GCUUCGUGGGGACGGGGCAGCGGCUGGGGCUGUGCCUGCGUGUCGUGCGCGCUCCAUCCUGCCGGCCCCGGAGCGCCCGGCCUGGCCCAUGGGGGGCAGCUGGAGGGUGAGACCUGGCCCCCACCCCCCGAGCCAGGGGCCCUGCGGUGGCGCUCGAGGAGAGCGCCCGGGGGGGCGGGCCGCGCCCGCUGUCCUCAGGCUGCUGCUCAGAGCGGCUGUGCGUCCGAGCCUCGUGACGGGGUCCUGGUCCCCUGCUGGUGGGAGGGAGUGGGCGUCACACCCGGACCCUGCCGCAGGCCCCUGUCCCAGGAGGGGUGGACGCGGGUGCAGAGCACCUCGGGCCAGGCGAGGCCAGGAGGGUUUUGAAAUGACCCCCAAGGUGACUGGCCUGGGGGAGGAGCGCUGCCCCCACGGUCACCCUGCACGUCAGGCGCUCCCCCCCCCCCAGGGAACCCGAGCGGCGGGCGGUCGGUGGGAGGAACGGCCCAGCUGCUCCUGCCCCACCGCCCUGGAGGCCGCUCUGGCUUCUCCCGCUGGACGUGGGUCUGUGCCCCUGGUGCCUCUCAGAAGCAGGAAUCCGGCCGCCUGGCCUCUGCGCGACACCAGGGCCGUCAGCAGAAAGGGACGCGGGGCUCAGAUGAGUCACACACAGGCUUUGGUGUGUGAGUCUCCUCGGGAGGGGCUCGUGCUUGGUGGCUGUGCCGGGGUCCAGCCCAGCAGCCGGGGACUGUCCCGAGGAGGAGGGCGGAGGGCGGCAGCGCAGGGCUAACGGAGACGCGCGCUCUCUAGUGGUGCUCGCGCAGCCUCGACUCUGCUGCUGGACAGCAGUGACUUCCCGGGAGAAAAGACGCCAGCUUGCGGAAGCAGCACGGGGUAGCGGUGGAGAAGCGUGUUGCCCGGGCAGGGCGCGCCCUAAACCCACCGGAAGACGACCAGGUCCGUGAUGUUGGACCGAGCCGAGACCCUCCUGCACGACCACUACGGGGGGAAGGAGUACUGGGACACACGGCGCAGCAUGGUGUUCGCCAGGCACCUGCGGGCGGCGGGCGACGCAUUCCGGAGCAGUCGCCUCAACUCCACCGACGCGGCCGACAGGACCCCCUCCACGGAGGACUGGACUGAGAGGAAGGUCCAGCUGGGCUCCUCGCUGGGCGGCCCGUACCUCGGCGUGCACCUGCGCAGGAAGGACUUCAUCUGGGGGCACAGGCAGGACGUGCCCAGCCUGGACGGGGCCGUGAGGAGGAUCCGCAGCCUCAUGGAGGCGCACCAGCUGUCCAAGGUGUUCGUGGCCACAGACGCCGUCAGGAAGGAGCUGGAGGAGCUCAAGAGGCUGCUGCCGGAGAUGCUGCGCUUCGAGCCCACGUGGGAGGAGCUGGAGCUCUACAAGGACGGCGGCGUGGCCAUCAUCGACCAGUGGAUCUGCGCGCACGCCAGGAGGAGAGAGAGAUCCUGGGCUUGGACCCCACGACCACGUACAACCGGUUCUGUGGGGACGAGGAGAAGGCGUGCGAGCAGCCCACGCACUGGAAGAUCGCGUACUGAGCGGCUUCCCCGGGCCUGCGUUAUCCUGGGGUGUGUGCACCCCGGCCGGGGGCUGGGAGGCUGUCGCCCCUUGGGUCUCAGGCCUGGAGCCGCACCGUGUGUGCCCCACGCUGUCGUUGCGGUGACCCGGCACCGCCACAUCCCUGGGAUUCGGGCUGUGUUUGCGUCGGGACCUGGAACCGCGCCUGCCCAGCCAGCGGGACCCCGUGACACCACGGAGGUGCCGGCUUGUCCUUCGCGACCCUGGCCUGGAGGGCUUUCCAGCAGCGGCGCCCGGGCUGCUCCCAUCCUGGGGGCAGGUGGCCAUGGCGCUGCCCCUGCCCGGAUGGGGCGCGCCGUCCUUUCACCCCCCGUGGCGGCCCCAGAGCAGAGCCCUGAGUGCUGCCGUCCCUGCGCGGGGGCGCGUGCGGCCUUCACAGCAGGCGGAGCAGGUCGAGGCCUUUGGGGGCCUGUGACACCCUGUGCUCCUCCCACCUCUACACACACACACCCCCACCCCACCAGCCAAAGCACCAGGACGUUCCUGGCAGGUGUGGUUUGUGUGCUCACCCGGGCAGCCCCUUCCUGGCUGUUGGCAGGGUCGCCCUGGUGUCUGGCCUGUGACGGGCGCAGCAGCAGCAGCAGCACCGGGAGCGGCCGGGUGCUGGUCCUAGAAGCCCUGCUCCCCUUGGGCAGGGGUGGGGCCGAGAGGAGAGCGGUCGCUCCAGCCUCAGUGGCAUCUCAGCACGGCCACCACCAGGGCACUGCCUGGGGCCCCCGCCAGGCCCCUCUGACCCUGCGCCCCCAAUUCCCACCACACCUGGUGAUUGGCGAGAACCCGAGCUCAGCCUGGAGCCUGCAGAGCCCUCAAGUCCAGGGCCCCCAGAGCACGAGCCCUUCCUGUGUCUCCUCCCGAGGUGGCCCCGUGCUCGGGCUGGCCCGUGGUGUCACAGGUGUGCAGGGAGAAGGACCAGGUGUUUAUUCUUCCCCUGUUUGUACACCGAACGCUGAUAAAGUGAGUUUUCUAGAAAUGUCCUCCUACCGUGUGUCCUCUCGGCAGAGCCAGGCUGGGCGUUUGGUGUGGCCGUCACCUUUCUUAAGCAAAGCAGCUGCUUUGUCUUCGUCCGUGGCUUUGUGGGCGUGAGCACGUCGGGGGGCGCCAGCCUGGCAUCGCCUGCACGCCUGGCUCUUUGUCCUUGGACAUCAGCUGCCAGGCUUCUUCAGGAAGCACCUGCGGUUCUGGGAACCUGAGGGCUGCCCGGGAGCUUGUGCACCCUGCGGGAAGGGCCAGCCCGCCCAACAUCCUUUCAGAGGGCGGGGAGCGGUGGGCUUGGGGAGCCGGGCGGGCGCUGAGGCCGCGCCUCGGAGACGCCACAGGGGGAGCAGGAGUGAGUCUUGGGGGGCAGUGGGCUGGGGUGGGAGCCCCUGGGGCGUCUGAGUGGGGAAGGGUCAUAGGCCGGGGGCAGUGAGGGGGUCUCAGCUGGGAGGACGGCGGAGCUGGUUUCCAAGGGGCCGGGGGCCUGUGGUCUCGGCCAAGUGGAGGGGGCAGGGCAGCAGUCCUUGGAAUUGCAGAAAUGGGGCCAGUGGAAGAGGAGGGGCCGGAGGGGCUGUGGGCCGUCGGAGCCUCCGGCGGAAGCCUCCCACCAGUCACGCCUGGCGUUGGCACCCUCAACGGGCACGUGCCCAAGAGGCCCUUGGGUGGACCGGCAGCCGCCCUCUGCAGGCCACAGGCUCCCGGACAGGGACCCACCUUACGUCUGGAGCUGCCCUCGCUGGGCACUGGGUGGGGCUUAUAAACCGGCUGGUCAUGGAGGGGCCCCUGACGCCGCAGGCCUGGAUGGUCCCCUUGCUGAUGGGACAUCAGGGGAGCUCGCUGCCACGGAGCCCGGGGCCUGGCGGCCAAGGGGAGGCGGCGAGGCGGCCUGUGUCCUUGGAGCUUUCCUCAUGCUCAUCGGCCUCGCGAAGCCCAGGGCUCUGCAGAGACCCUGCAGCAGCUGACUUUCCGUCCCACUAAAGGUGGACGGGCACCGUUCCUUCCUCAACGAGGACCGUGGGCCUCCCGGGAGCAGCGGGCUCCCGGCAGGGUGGCUCUGCUCGUGGGCUCUGGCGGUCCGGGGCGAGGCCCUCCGCUCGCAAGACACCCUGGACAGGUGCCAGGGCCGUGGAUGGGGAGGGCAGACCUGGCCGCUGACCUCAAGCCGAAGGACCACUCGGGGUCCUGCAUCUCGACCAGGCCCUCCAGGAUGGAGGAUGGUUGGGCCCAGGGGCGUGUGUGAGGCGUCACCUGUGACCAUAGUGGGGGGGGGUCACUGCGGUUCUCACGGUCGUGCGGUCUCCACCCAGCAGCCAGCUGGCGCAGUCCACCCACAGACCCGCGGCUCGCGCACCUGUGUGCGUGUGUGUGCAUGUGUGCGCACGUGCACUCGCUCGCACCUGUGCGGUCUGGGGACUCGCGUGCGGGUUCAUGGGUCCAGCGCCACAGCCAAGCUCUGGGCAGUUCCCUCGAGGGCCCCCCUUGAGAGCCACAGCCCCUCCCACCGGCAGCUGUGAAGCAUCCCCGCCCUCCCCCCGCAGGCGGCCCCUUCACCCAUCUGCGUGUCACCCACUCGAGUGGGGUGUCAUCCCAGCAUAGCCUAAGUCAGGAAAGCAGCAUGGAACAUUCCGGGCCGUCCAGCUUCCCGUGGGGCUGGUUCUCUGGGCGGCGGGCUGCCACCAUCGCGUUUUUCUACUUCAGGAGCGGUCGCUGCAUUUGGACCAAGCGCGCAUCCUGGGUGCCCUCUGGGCUGCAGGGAGGACCCGCCGUCCCCUGCGGUCUCCGUCCGCGCCCCCACCCCAACCCGGUCCUGAGCGUCCUGUGGGGGAGGAGCCGGGAGGUUGGGUGUCCGGCAGGUCACCGCUGGGUGGAGAGAGGGGCCAGCGACACCCCCUCAGAGGACCGUCGGGGGCGCGUGGGGCGCACGGGGCCAACCAGCGCCUGGCCUGGCGGGAGAGCCUUGGAGGAGGGGCAGCCCUGCGAGGCCCUGGGCGGGGAGGCACCUGCUUGCUGGGGAAGUGGAGGCAGGUCCCAGUCCUGAGGCCAGUGGCAGAGGUCCGCGCUGUUGGGGGGUGGGGGCGGGGAGGAGCCCCGUGAGAGACUUUUGCAGGUGGAGGCGAGUAGGGGACCCUGUCAGAUGGGGAGGAGCAGGUGGGAAGUGACCGGAGCCGAGGGCCAAGCUGAGCUACUCCAGCCUGCGGCCACCGGGUCGGGCGCCCCCUCUCCUGGGGGGACUUAGAGGCUGUGAGUCACACAGUGCGGGGGGGUCCCCCCCAGCUCUCCUCCACACCUCCCAGGCCUCCUCCAGCUGACAGGCUCGCCUCUCCUACCCAGGGGCUCCCACCUCCCCCCCACCCCAAGCUCCUGCACCCACACCUCCCCCCACCCACACCUCACGUUCCUGCACCCGCGCUUCCCACCACCUCACCCUCACCCCAAGUGAUAAGGGGAGUGGCUGCAGCAGGCGCUCCCUGGCCACAGCUCUGGGUCCCGGCGUCUCAGGACAGAGGGUGGCACAUCUCGCCCCGAAAUGCUGUGAUGGUGUCACCAUGGCAACAGCAGGCCUCCCGAAAUAAAUCGAUGUCAGGUCCCUGGGGACAUGGGGAGGGGUGGACACGGGGGAAAGGACGGAGACUAGCGGCUGUGGGGACAGCAGGGUCCCACAGGGUCGGACCGGGUAACCAGCACUCGGGGCGGGGGGCGGGGGGGCGGCCUGUCUGGGUUUCAGCGUCUCCAGACUGAGCUUGUCAGAGGGGAAGUGCAGGCACCUGUGAGCGAAAGCGACAGCCAGGUCUACUGGGACAGCAAGAUGUAGGGACACCGUUUUCUUUCCUUUUCGAUAAUCUGACUUUACCGUGAGGAGGGCAGUAAAUGGCAGGAAGAAAGGCGAACCAGCCUCACAGGGCGCCCUCCGCCCCGGGCCCUGCCCUCCCCCCCGGGCUGGGAGCCACAAAGUGCCUAAGAAGAAUAAUCCUGUGUGAGGCCUGACUGUAAGCAAAGCUACAGCAGAGGCUGAAGAAACUGAAGCUGCAAAGCAGUUUCGAAGAUUCCCCCAGCUGAUCCUGUUUAGUAAAAAUUUCUGAAAUAUGAUUUCCUCUUCUGUUCUUGCGCUUCUUUCCUGUCUGAUGCUUAUGUGUGUUGUGAGUCAUUCUUGGCUCAUAAUAUGGGAACUUUCUCAAACUCCUGAGCUUCCACCCAAGUAUGGGCCAUUACCUACUUAUAAACCUAGCCCUUGUCAAAUAGGUUGAAAACAAUUGAACCAUGCAUAAAGAACUUUCCUAAGAAUGGGAAGUUUCCCUUCAGAGGAGUAAUAGUAAAUAUUACGCAGAACUGCCACGUAGGCCUGGGGAUCUUUGUUGGACGCUGGUCCGUCCCCAUGGAGACAGAUUAGGGGGUGGUUUGGGUGUUGCCCAUGGCCCAACAAUUGUGGAUAUUAUAAGACAAGACAUAUUUUUUUCUAUAAUAAACGCUACCUGUUGGGACCCAGCAGGUGGAAAUUAUUAUAAUUGGCAAGAUUUUUUUAAUAUAUAAAUUUUAUAAUUAAUAAAGCUUUUUAUAAUAAGGUUUAUUUAGGACAGUUUAUGUUCGCACAACCUGCUAAUGGUCUGAGGUCAGCCUGACCUCGAAAGCAAGCCAUGUGUGAAUACCCCACUCCCCAUCAAUGGUUAUUCAUGCCUGCUAGAGGAGCACAAUAGGUAGCUUAGGCAAGAAUAUCUAUCACCUUAUGCCAAAUCAUUGUUAAAGUAAAAAUUAGAUACCUAUCAUUCUGCUUGCUAUUUACUUAUUUUCUAAGAAUAAAAGUACAGUUUGUACGUAAUCUUCAUUUAAAAUCUAAAACUAAAAGAAUAGUUUGGAAUAAUAAAUUAACAUAUAUUGUUGUUUGUAUAAUCAUGCAUAAGAGUAAAAUGUAUAAAAGCUGAUGCUCUCCUUUCAAUAAACGGGUCACCUGCA